AACCAGUAGAAACAAAUCUUCGAUCUUACAAUUCCUCCCGAACUUGCUAUUUUACAUGACUAGCAUGAAAAGGAGAGCAGAUUCUCCUCCCAAGAAAAUGGACAUGAACAAAGUGCUCAAAUCUCACCAAGCUUUACUCUCUCAAAACAAGGAGGAUCCUGACUUUGUGGAGAGAACUGAUAAAAUACCUUUCUGUCACACUGUCGGAGAAGACGGAAUGAUUUACCCUCAAUACAACUAUCACGGAGGGAGAUGGGUGGAUAGAAUAAAGUCAUGUGACCAGUUCGUGGCUAGACCAGACGACCUCUUUAUCUGCUGUGUUCCCAGAUCAGGGUCGAACUGGGCGCAGAACAUGAUAAAACACAUAAAGGGAGUAGCCCAGGAGGAGAUAAUAAUAAACCUAGUGAAAUGGUUUGAAGGACACACCAACACACAACUUGAACAGCUGGAUUCUCCAAGAAUAUUCAAAUCUCAUCUGCGUUGUAGUAAGCUACCAAAACAACCCAAGACGAUCUACAUAGCACGGAACCCAUUUGAUAACUGUGUAGCCAACUUUGAGAUCGUCAAAGGAUAUUGCACAUUUGGAGCUGAAGAUAUGAGCUGGGAGAAAUAUCUAAAUCUCUAUCUGGAGGGAGACAUACUGUUCGGUAGCUGGUUUGAUCACGUGACACAGGGCUGGAACAAGGCACAGAGCGAUCCUAACACUCUCUUUUUGAGAUACAAAGACAUGAAAGCAGACGAAACCGGAACCGUUCAAAAGAUAGCUUCCUUCCUCGACAUCCCCAUCUCAAAGGAACGAGCAGCGGAAAUAGCAGAGCUCACCACAUUUAACAAGAUGAAGAAAGACCCUACAGCUAACUUUCAGUGGAACAAGUUCUUGUGUAAUGAGGGGUUUGACUUUAUCAGGAAGGGAGUAGUGGGAGACUACUUAAACUACUUUACAGAGAAACAGAUGGAGAUUGUGCGCGGGAAGUUAAGAGAGAUUUCUAAAUCGGGGGUGUCCUGUUUUGAUGAGUUUCUCAGUGAAUAGAAUAGUUUUUUAAAAGGAUAUUUGUUAGAUUUAUAAUUGUUUGUUGAUAAUUUGGUUUUGGUCUCCAUCACAUUCUUUGAUAUAUUGUUCACUGUUCAGUAUAUAUAUUAUUGCAGUCAGUUUGUUGUCUGAUAUUAAUCUGUUUUUUCCUUUGCAU